AUGAAUAGUGCUAUUCAAUGUUUGAACAGUAUACCAGAUAUAAUCAAAUGGAUUAUGGAACAACAACCGUCCUCAUCUUACUUGAAUAUAAUCGAUGUUUAUAUUUCUUUAGUACAAUUAAUGUGGUCAGGUCAUCAUGCAUGUGUCACACCUCGUGAAUUAAAACAAUAUCUCAGUCGUUCAUCAACCAUCUUUUCUGAUUAUGAUCAAAAAGAUUCUCAUGAAUUCAUGAAUUCUCUUCUUAAUGCUAUAGAAACAGUUGAUUCAAAUUCAUUUCUUAUUAAUCUAUUUCGAAUUCAUACUCAAUCAAUAGCAACUUGCAAUAAAUGCCAACAUUUUGAUAUUAUUGAUGAAACAACAACAUUUCUUCCACUUCCAAUUCCUGAUUUCAAAUUUUAUGAUGAAAAGAAAGUUUUAUUAGAAGAUCUUAUCAAAGAUUUUUGUCAAGAAGAUCCAUUAGAUGGACAAUAUUACUGUCACAAAUGUAAAAUAUGUCAAUCAGCACGACAUAGAACUCUAAUUACUCAAUCAUUACCUCGUGCUCUUAUUAUUCAAUUGAAACGAUUUCCUUAUGAUAGUACAAAAAGAAAAAUUGAUACAUUAGUUCAAUACAAACUUGAACAUCGAAAUUUACUAUCAAAUAAUGAUAGAUAUCAAUUAUCUGCUAUAUCCAUGCACAGUGGAAGUCUUGCUGGUGGACAUUAUACAACUAUGGCAUAUAAUUAUAGAAUAAAUAAAUGGUAUAGAUUUGAUGAUAGUUAUUUUGAAGAAAUUGAGUCGAAAAAAGUACUUAUCCCAUUUAUUGCAAGACAAGCAUAUAUACUUAUUUAUUUGAAACAGAAUGAUUGA